AUGUUCGGGGCGGGCAGGUACAGCAUCCCGCGGCCCGUCACCAGAAACCUGGAGGACCUGGACUCGGUGCAGAGCGUCCUGCUGCACAGUGACCUUGAGCCUGAGUGGUUGGAUAGUGUGCAGAAAAAUGGAGAAUUAUUUUAUUUAGAAUUUAGUGAAAGUGAAGAAGAAAUUCUGCUUCAGAACAGCUGUCCAGAAAUGCCAGCAGUGAAUCAUGUCAGGUUUCGUGAAAAUGAAGCUGAAAUUAUUCAGGAGGGAUCACGAAAGGAAAGGAAGUAUGAACUGAAGAAAUGGACCAAAAUGCUAAAAAAGAAGAGUCUUUUACCAAAGGGUUCUGGUAAGAAAGGCAGUGGAACCUGCAAUGUUCUCCCCUCAGGUCCUACUUCCAUAUUGAAACACCGGUCUCCUCAGAAAAUGGGUGUCCCUGUUCAGCAAAAGUACAAAGAUGUGUCUGUUUAUGUAAAUCCCAGAAAACUCUACAGCGCUGAGGAAGAAGAGCAGCAGAGGCUGCUGGAGGCCUUGGUAGGGAUUGUCCAUCAGUCUUCAUGGAGCAGCAAAAGAGUGGAAAAACAAGGCAGGAGGGAUAAAGCCACCAGAGGAGUCAGUGAAGAGAAGCUUGUGGUACAUGGCUUGGUGCCAGGUAGUUCUGCAAUGAAAACAGGUCAAAUCCUGAUUGGAGAUGUUCUUGUUGCUGUAAAUGAUGUCGAUGUGAAUUCUGAAAACAUAGAGAGGGUUUUGUCUUGCAUUCCAGGUCCUAUGCAGGUUAAACUGACAUUUGAAACCUCGGUAUUUGAGCCUGAAGGAACUUCUGAGCAAAGGAACAAACAGACACAGUCAAGUAUGAACAACCUGGUUCGGCUCCUGUGGGGAGGGGACAGUGUGGACCUUCAGCAGGCUGCGCAGGACGUGCCUCACAUUGUCAUGUUCCUCACGCUGAAACUGGACUCUGAGACAUCCAAGGAUGAGCAAGAAAUUAUUUAUCAGUACCCCAUAUCUGAAGCAUCCCAAAAACUGAAAAGUGUGAGAGGGAUAUUUCUCACACUGUCUGACAUACUGGAAAGUGUUACUGGUACCGAGAUUAUCAGUUCCUCCCUUUUCUUAUGUGAAAAACUGGUUCAAGUUGUUUACUGGAAAGAAUCCGACAAGUUGCUUGUAAUUGGCCUUCCUGAAGAAAAUGUCCCACUUUCUCAUCUGAGGAACAUGAUUCAAGAUGUUGUCAGGACCUUGACAUUCAUGUACAGUUCUUUGGAUAGUGCUUUUUGCCAGGUGGAAAAUGUUUCUCGCCUGGAUCACUUUUUCAACCUGUUCUUCCAGCGUGCCCUUCAUCCUGCGAGGCUGCAGCAGCAGGAUUCCUGCAGUGCCCUGUUCCUGGACAGCCUCCCAGGCCUGCGCUGGCUGACACUGCCUCAGGAAAUCAAGAUGGAAAUUGACACAGCACUGAGUGAUCUGGAAGCAGCUGACUUUGCAGAGCUGUCUGAAGACUAUUACGACAUGAGAAGAUUAUAUGUGAUCCUGGGCUCUUGUCUCUUUUACAAGGGUUACUUGAUUGGCAAUCACUUGCCAAAGGAAGACCUUCUUGAUGUGGGUCUCUACUGCCGGCACUACUGCCUGUUACCCCUGGCAGCAGAGCAGAGGAUUGGGCAGUUGGUGAUUUGGAGGGAGGUGUUCCCACAGCACCACCUCCAGCCCUGUGAGGAGGCAAGUCUGACAGGAUACAGGGAACCUGAAGCAAGAUACUUCCUACUGAUAGUUGGCUUGAGACACUUCGUCCUGUGUGUCCUGCUGGAGGCAGGGGGCUGUGCAUCCAGAGCUGUUGGGAAUCCAGGACCAGACUGUAUCUAUGUAGACCAGGUCAAAGCAACCAUACUGCAGCUGGAGGGAAUAGACGCCAGCAUAGAGGAAAGGCUGGACUCUCCCUCCAUCCCACCUGUAGCCUGUGCUGACUGGUUCCUUCCUGCAGCACGGGACAGACUGGAGGGCUUGAGCAAGCUGCAGAACUCCUGCAAAGCUGUGAGCAGUGCAGGGAGCAAGAGGAGCCUCUUUGGGGACAGCUGCCACAGCACACGGACGCAGAGCCCCCCGAGGAGCAGCGGGGCAGCCGAGCAGGGCGGCCAAGGGCCCGCCCAGGAGGAGAGCUCCAACCCACAGCCUGUGGGGGAGCAGGCCACCAGAAAAAAACACAUCCUGCCAAACCCAUUUCAUUCAGGAAACCUUAAAAAGAACCCUUCAGAGAAAGAUACAGAACUUCUUAAUGCUAUCAAGUUGACAUCUGGUCCUGAGAAUACCCUCUUCCACUAUCUGUCUUUGGAGACAAUGCAAGGAAUUUUUAUUACUCCAACUCACAAAGAAGUAGCACAGCUUGGUGGCUCCAUCCACCCUCAGUUAAUUGAGAAUUUCUACCAGUGCUGCCUUUCAAUUCGUUCCAUUUUCCAGCAGUCCAUGAGGAAAGAGAAAAAGAAAAAGGCAGGGAGUGGGAUUUCAGAAUUUAGUAAGGCAGCUGAGGACCCAGGUCUGGUAAGAGAACAUGGACUUCUGUUUGAGUGCUCUCCUGAAAACUGGACUGACCAGAAGAAACCACCACCAACAAUGAACUACUGGGUUGUGGGGAGACUCAUUCUCCAUCCCAAACCUCAGGAGUGUUACGUGUGUUUCCAUGACUCAGUGACAGAAGCUGCUGUGGAACUGGCUUUUAAACUGUCCUUUGGCUUAGCUGCAUAGGUGAGCUUCCUGCUCACUCAGACAUCCUGCAUGGUGGUAAUUCGUUAAAGCAGCCCAUAUAAAGGAAAUGAACUCAAUUUGGG